GAAAUGUAGUCUUGGAAUGAGUGCUUUUGCGCGUACAUCAGGUAGCAUAAUCACUACAACUCCCAGCAAGCCUUGGGAUUUGACUGCAUGACCUCGCGAAGCUCUACUUCCCGCCCCGGCCAUUGUUGCUGGUGAGCGGAGAGCAGGAGGGAAUGAGUGAGACCGAGGACUGUGGGAACCAGACGUGCUCCGGGUGUCCCAGUGUAGAGCAGAUGCUGGCGUCGAGUCCUGGGAAGACUCCCAUCAGCUUGCUGCAAGAGUAUGGGACUCGGGUAGGAAAGACUCCCGUGUAUGACCUACUCAAAGCUGAAGGACAAGCUCAUCAACCCAACUUUACGUUUCGUGUGUCUGUUGGAGAAAUCAACUGUACCGGUCAAGGACCUAGCAAGAAGGCGGCAAAGCACAAGGCGGCAGAAGUGGCACUCUCCCUACUGAAGGGUAUAGAUAUGUUUGGAGAAAUUCUCGAAGAAAACAGUAGUACUGACUGUACAGCUGAACUACCUGCAGAAGUAACCGUAAAGUCUGAGGGAGCAUCUCCACCAACGUCAAGGAAUAACAGCAUUGACAUGAAACUGCCUUUGUCGGCCCAGCAGUCAGAGUGUAAUCCCGUGGGGGCCCUACAGGAGUUGGUGGUGCAGAAAGGCUGGAGACUUCCCGAAUACACAGUAACGCAGGAGUCAGGCCCAGCCCACAGGAAAGAGUUCACCAUGACCUGCCGGGUGGAGCGCUUUCUAGAGAUUGGCAGUGGCACAUCCAAGAAGCUGGCAAAGAGAAAUGCUGCGGCCAAGAUGCUCCUGCAGAUUCACAGGGUACCCACAGAGCAUCGGGAAAAUGGAGAGCCAGAGCCUGAAGAUGAUCAGUUUUCUAUGAAUACAGGAGGGGGAAGACUGGAUGGGAGCAGAGGUCGAGGACUAGCCUGUACUUGGGACUCUUUGCGCAAUUCUGCUGGAGAAAAGAUCCUUCACCUAAGAAGUCACCCACUUACCAUCCUUAAUUCUGGCUUCUGUGCCCUGCUGCAAGACCUGUCUGAGGAGCAAAGCUUUCAGAUCAGCUAUCUUGAUAUUGAUGAAUGUAGUUUGAGUGGCCUGUACCAAUGUCUUGUGGAGCUUUCGACACAACCCACGACUGUAUGUCACGGUUCUGCUGCCACGAGAGAAGCAGCCCGUGCUAACGCUGCACACAACGCGCUGCAGUAUCUGAAAAUCAUGGCUGGCAGUAAGUGAACGUGAGGAAGAGAGAAGAACAGAAAUCUGCUUAAUUCUUUUGGGUUACUCAAGGACUCAACACCAGAAGAGCCUAAUCCUCUAUACUAUGUGCACCGCAAAGCCCCCAAAUAUGCUCCAACAAAAUGUGACCAACCGUGGCUGAAAAACAGUGCUGCUACUUUAGAAAUCUACCGCAAGCUCACCAUCCGAUAAGACUGAGGAUGAGCUUGUGGUACAUUUUAUCAAUCAGGUCCAUGUUUUCCUGUCAGCUGUUGAAUCUAAAUACUUGAUCCCAUUCAUAGUACUGGGGGGAAGAAAAGAGGGCGUCCCCCCACAUGCAUGAAUACAUUGCACAGGUUCCUAUUUAUUUUGCAGCCUUUAAUGUGACCAAUGUUCAUCUUAAAGGUGACAAAUUAUCAUUUGUAAGAAGGUGCUUUUUGGCACUUUGUCAAAGUGUCCAUUAUUUACCUCAAGGAUCAGCACAGUGGACCGAAGACUCAUAAGAACGUGAGAUCUACAGUCAUGAACAUGAAAUGGAUGGAUCCAACCAGAAACACGCCACCUGUAUCGGACGCUUCAAUGGCUUAUAUACAUUUAUUAGAGAGAGCUAUUAUUUUGGACCAACUGUCUGGUGUCUGCCAUGUGCGUCCUUCUGUCUGUAGUAUUUACUGUACAGGACUGUGCUAAAGCCGUCCUGAUCCAGGUUCCUGGAGAACAUAUGAAUUGGUUUCAUGAGAUGAUGUAGGUAUUUUUGAGUAAAAUGCUUUUGUUCAAAAAUUGGUGAAUUCCAAAUGUCUAACGACAAAGAAAAGCAAAAGACAUCUUUUCAUUCAAGUGCAGAAUUGUAAAUUGCUGAUGUAAAUAUAAAUUCAACUUGACAGCAA